AAGUUAAGAAAAUUUAAGAGUAAAACUAGGGUAGUGAAGAUGAAGCCGGGAUGAGGAGCGGGGUGCACCGAGCUACAUUUUCGAGUUUGCAAAGUCAUAUGAGUGUCCACACUGUUUUGACCACGCGGUAGUCAUGACAACGGCGGGGCGUGUGUCAGUAGUGGCCGAGCCUCCUCGCCGCCACCACCAGCCGCCGCUAUCCCGGGCCUUAACUCUCCCGGGCCUCAAAUCUCUCAUCGUUGCUGCGCCGUGAUUACGUUCAGAGAAAACUUAAGCAAAGGUUUGUUAGUGGUGACCUGAACUGGACCGCGUAAUCAAGGUGAGGUCUAAGUAAAGUUUGAGGAUGACCUCAGCGCUCCUAUUGCUUACGCUCCUCGAGAUGAAACCCAGUACUCUGUUUGCACGAUUCUAAGCCUGAAUGCAUUGGGCCCUUGGACGAAGGUCAGUGCUCCCUAAGACUCCUAAGUCCCUCUCACACCCAGACCUGCUUAGAGGAGUGUCAUUUAAGGAGUAAUUAUGUGAGGGGUUAGUCUUACCUACACUCAGAAUACUACACUUCCCGACAUUGAAUUCCAUCUGCCACUUCCCUGCCCAGUCAUAUAUUCUGUUCAGCUCAUCCUGGAAAACGCUAGCGUCCUGGUCUGACUGGAUUACACUUCCGAUCUUGGUAUCAUCUGCGAACUUACUGACAUCUCUACUAAUUCCUCUGUCCAAGUCAUUGAUGUAAAUGAUAAAGAGCAGCGGACCCAGCACCGAUCCCUGUGGAACUCCACUCGUAACACUGCCCCAUUCAGAUUUUUCACCAUUGAUUUGCACUCUCUUCUUUCUACCACUAAGCCACGCCCUGAUCCAGUUCAAGACUUUCCCAUCUACGCCGUGAGCCUGCAAUUCUAGUAAUAGCCGGUGAUGAGGGACUUUGUCAAACGUUUGACUGAAAUCUAAAUACAAUAUGUCAUAGCUUUCAUCUUUGUCAACCGCCUCGAUUACUUAAGUGUAGAAGGACAACAGAUUAAUAAGACAAGAGCUACCUUUCAUGAACCCAUGCUGUGAGUCAUGAAUUUAACUAAGCUUCUCUAGAUGGUCCCGAAUGCUCCUAGCUAAAAUUGACUCCAACAUAUUUCCUACAACUGAUGUUAAGCUAAUUGGGCGAUAAUUUGAGGUGGCUGACUUGUUUCCCUUUUUGAAAAUCGGCGUCACAUUAGCUACUUUCCAUUGGCUUGGCACGUACCCAGAAUUUACCGACAUCUUAAAGAUAUCGGUAAGUGGGCCACUGAGGGCCUCCUUGCAUUCUUUUAAGACACAUGGGAAUAUUUCGUCUGGGCCUGGCGAUUUGUUUUUCUUCAACCUACCAAUCUCAUCCUGGACUACCUGUCUGAUGAUGGUCACAUCUCUCAACUUGUCGUUAUCUUCGCCCUCAUAUACCUGAACUCUCUCCGGAGUGGUUGUUAGAUUUUCCUGUGUGAAAACUGAAAGGAAACAGUCGUUCAACAUUUUAUUCAUAUCUUCCCCAUUCUCAACGAGCUCUCCUGUGUUUGUUUUCAACGGUCCAAUUCUCUCCCUUGUUUUCGUUCUGUAUAAUUUAAAGAACCCCUUGGGAUCGCUCUUGGCCUCGUUAGCUACCCUAAUCUCGUAAUUUCUUUUUGCUAGGCGGGUGUUCUUCUUCACCGACCUGGCUAGUUCAACAUACCUACCCCUGAGGUGGGUUUCCCCAUUCUUUAUUUUCCUAUAAAUUCCUCUCUUCACGCCAAUCUCAUGCUUGAGUGUGCGGGCCAUACAUUUAGGGUCGUUGUUUUCCUUUCUACGUGCUUGGUAAGGGAUAAGUUGUCUCUGACCCUCUGCUAUUUACUCUAACUAAACUAUUAUAGGUCAGCUCUACAUGGCUCCACUGUCCUCCAGGCUCCCGCCCUUAGAUCUGGCCCUCAUCUAGCCCUGAGGUUUCACAAUUUACCUCCUCAAGGUGUCUUCUAAGCCCCUCGUAAUCGGCUCUUCUAAAGUCUGGCACCAACACAGUGCUGAGCUCUUGGGUCACCGCCCAGUCUAAGUUAAACCUAAUCUCCUUGUGAUCACUACCACCUAGCUCUCCCCCAACGUCUAGCUCAUUGAUCAUAUUCUCGUUGUUAGUUUAAGACUAAGUCCAAAAUGUUAUUACCUCUGGUGGGCUGGUGUCUGCUUGAGUAGUAGCAGUAGUAGUAGGAGGAAACGGAGGAAACAGAGGGAGAGAACGGGGCUUCUGGACCAAUUUUCAAAGUACGGUGGCUAGUUUUGUUGAAACUGUCGCAACAUAACACAACACUUCUCACCCACAACAUACCCACAGCACAACACAUUACACAUUGACAACCCAAAACUGCACCGCAUGUCUCUACAUCAAUCCUCACCGCAGCACCACAGAACUCAACUCCCCAUAGCACCACUCAACACCUCCCCCUUCCGUGUCCAGCUCCCCGGCAUGAUGGAGGGAGAGGCGGUGGUGCAGGCGGUGGAUGACGUGGGGCUGGCCAGCGGGCGUCAGGAGCAGGCAGCCCCGCGCAACGCCACCACCUUCACGGGCCUCGUGCCCCACACACAGCCCCGUGACGUGAGGCCCGGCGACCGGCCCUACAGUGCCGUGGACGUGACGGGUUGGAGGGAGCCGCUGGUGAGGGCCUCCUCGCCCCUGCAGACGGUGGAGGAGGCGCGGGCGGGGGAGUUCACGCCGUUGCGUUGGGCCGCCCACCACCAGGACCGCCAUCAUCACGCCCAGGACCUGCUGCAGCGAUCUGACAAGCUGCGUGGUCAGAGUCGCCGAACGGAGAGUUACACGGAGGAGAGAACCCAGUCGGCGGAGAGCUCGGUGACGAAGGGCCUCGACCAGCGGCUCGCCUCCACGCUUGAGCUGCGUACGCACCUCCACACGGCCAUAAACAACACCGUGGACGAGCUAGGCCUCCAGAACACGAUGAAGUGCCGGCUACAGGUCGCCUUGUUCGCCCUGGAGCUGCCCGAGAGGAACAACGAGGAGUGCAUACACAUCCGGAGGUUUCGUCUGGGCGUGGACAGAACUCGAGACCCUGUGGUGUUCACCCUCGACAAGGAAAACGAGACGCUGAGGACGGGCCGGAGCCUCCUGGCGCAGACGCUAAAGGAGACAGAGGCGCAGAUCAGCCGCCUGCUGGAGGUGAAGCGACUGCUGGAGCACGACUGGUCCGACAAGCAGGAGGCCUUCCAACUGGACCACUUCGCUGCCAAACUGGCCAACGACAGGGUCAAGGCGCAGUUCAAGGCGGUGUCGGCGGCGCUGAACGAGGGAGUCUCCGUACCCGAUACGUGGAGUCGCCGCAGCAGGGAGCACAUAGAAGUGUGUCGCCGAGAGAUCACGUCGGGAAGCCAGCUGAGGGGCGCCGCUGACCAGGCGCUGCGGGACGUAGCCAGGGACGCAGAGGACAGGGCUGAGGCGGUGGACGUGGCCUUGAACACUCGUAUCACCGAACUGGAGGACGCCAAGGCGCGGCUCAUCGAGAAGGACAGCAUGCUGCGUCAGGAGAUAGCACAGGAGGAAGUGAGCAUCGCGUCGCUGCGCCAGGCCCUGCAGGACAAGGAGUCGCCGCUGCAGGUGGCGCAGAGCAGACACUGGACCCGCUCCUUCAGGCCUGGCGCUGACCGCUGCCUCGACCACCCCCACUUCAGACUCAAGGACGAGCUCGAGGAAUUGCCGCGGAGCAUUGAGUCUCUUCGGGCGCGUCUGAGGGCGAGCGAGGACACCCUUGAGGAGUUGCACCGCCUUCAUGAGGACUUCGCCAAGGACAUCCUGCACCGCGAACACACCCUGAGCCUCGAGCGCCGCUGUGUUACCGUCAGGAGCGUCCGGCAGACACAGGAGAAGCUGCAGGGGAUUUGAAGAUGAUGACGUUGAUGGCGAUGCUGAUGGUAAUGAUAGUAAUGGUGAUGACAGGCUGCUUGAUGAUGAGGGGACAGUACGUGGGAUCAUUUCUUUGGUUCUAAUAGUUGUUGUUGUUGUUGUGUUAGCUAAAAGUUAAGCGGUUUGAUGAUAGUGAUGAUAGUAGUGGUAUAUUGAUGGGCUGUGUAUAGGUGAUGGGACAGUAGAGCGGGAUCGUUGUGUUUGUUAGUUGUAUUUCUUAGUUUGCUCGAUUUGAAGGAUGAUGCGGGAUGGAAUGGCUGGUGAUAGCGAGACAUUGUAGACCCUGUAGGGUAUAUCGAUUCAUGUUAUCUUUUUAUUUAUUUAUUUUAAUUAGACAAAGACGGUAAAGGAUAGCGAGUGUUGGCGAUAUGGCUCUCGAUAACUAGAAAACUAGAUAGUGUUUAUAUACAUACGCGGAGGACGACCAUUCAACAAUCAUAGGAAGGAAUUCAAUAAAGGUUUCUGGUCUAUUUCCUUAAUUUUUCAGUUACAGCGUUUUUUGUAAUGUUUUGUACUUUAACUCUGGAGUGGAUAUCUAUACGUGGAACAGAAUAGUAAGUCCUAGAACUCGAUUAUGUGUGUGUGUGUGUGUGUGUGUGUGUGUGUGUGUGUGUGUGCAAGAGAGAUUUUAGGUUUGUGGACGGAUAGAUAGGUAAUUUCUAAAUAUAUAUGGUGCACAAAGGCUAAAACAACAAUGAGAGCAUAAAAGUCUAAAGUUUAACGUAAAUAUUCAUCCUACAGCUGGUUUGGGUAAAGGUUGGUAUGCCUGUCUGUUUCAUUUGUCUGAACCUCCCAGCGAAUGUUUCAUGACGCUGUUCACGGCUCCUGCUUCACAUCACAAUCAACAUGAUCAGAGGCAUUCAUAGUCUCUCACUGAUAUAUUACCCUACUUCUUAAACGUAUUGCGCUUACUUUGUCCUGGAUAAUCAGCUAUGUGAUACAUAUAAUUAUAAUAGCUAUCAUGAAGCUGUUCAGUGUUUCAACCAAGUGAAUCGAGUUGAGUCGAGUCGUCAGUCUUUUAAAUCGUUUAAUUUGCUCAUUAUAUACUAUAUACACUGAUUCGAUCAUAUUUCUCGAUGACUGAUAUGGAUGCGGCGCCGCAGGAAGAGAGUAGUCGUCAAAUGAGUUACUUGACGUGAUUACUCGGUGUAAGAUAGUGACUCGAUUCGCUCCUCCCGGUGUGAACAAUUUAUAUUCAAGUACAUGAGUUGAUAAAGACCCACUCAGCCUGGUAGUGUUCAUGGACUGGCGUUAUCGGUCAAACACUCUCUUGAGCAGGUGAGAUGGGAGGGACGGGGUACAUGAUUAUUUUCUCCACCGGACAAUAAAAAAAUAAAAAAAAUACCUUCAUAAUUCGUAAGCUUUGAAAGAGGGCACAAAAUGAAAGGGUCAUGAGCAGGAGUAC